AUGAAUUACGAUAAUCUAACUGAUGAACAGAAGCAACAGCUUUACUUUCAGCAUUUACAACAACAACAACAACAACAAAAGCAACAGUAUAACAAUUUUAAUCAACAACAACAACAGCAACCUUCCUUGCAGAACUAUAACCAACAACAGCAAAUACAUCAACAAUCGAUUCCAAACCUACAAUACGACCAUGAUGAUAGUUACAUGGAAGAAGAUACAUCACUCACUGAGAUACCACCAACUUCAACCAUUCAUGAUUCAACCUCUCCUUUAAGACAACAACAAUCACAAUCACAACAGCAGAAGUAUAACAACAGUAAUCAUAAUGGAUUUUCCCAACAUAUCAAUCUUAACAACGGUAAUAACAAUAACAACAACAACAAUAAUAAUAAAUUCACUUCCAUAGACUCAUUGAAUUUUAAACCUCCAACUACUUUUACUCAAUUAAAUAAUAAUAGUAGUACUAAUUUAUCAGAAAUUAGUAAUUCUAAUAAUUCUUUCAGUAAUUCAUUAAUUUCAAAUCAUAGUAAUACCAAUUUAAAUCAACCAUCUCCAGUUCCUAUACCUUCAAAUUAUGAAAUUCAACCACAACCACUGGUAAUCAUUGAAGAUAAGCCAUCUAAUUAUGUUUAUUUUAAUAGACAACCAAACCUAUUAAAUAAAACAACUCAAGAUAAAGCUGCUGGUAUCAAAUUGAAGUUAGAAAACUUUUAUCAAAUGUCAGUCAGUCAUGCAAUUGAAAGAAAUCAAAGACGAUUGGAUUUAGAACAUAAAUUAUUAACUGAAGAGCUGGGUUCAAGUGAAGAACGUAAAAAUCGUCAAUUAACAAAUUUAGGUAAAAAAGAAUCUCAAUUUUUAAGAUUAAGAAGAACAAAAUUAUCAUUAGAAGAUUUUGCUACUGUUAAAGUUAUUGGUAAAGGUGCUUUUGGUGAAGUUAGAUUAGUUCAAAAGAAAGAUACCGGUAAAAUUUAUGCUAUGAAAACUUUAUUAAAAUCAGAAAUGUAUAAAAAGGAUCAAUUGGCUCAUGUUAAAGCUGAAAGAGAUGUAUUAGCUGGAAGUGAUUCACCUUGGGUUGUUUCAUUAUAUUAUUCAUUUCAAGAUACUCAAUAUUUAUAUUUAAUUAUGGAAUUUUUACCGGGUGGUGAUUUAAUGACUAUGUUAAUUAGAUGGCAAAUCUUUACCGAAGAUAUAACCAGAUUUUAUAUGGCGGAAUGUGUGUUAGCUAUUGAAGCUAUUCAUAAAUUAGGUUUUAUUCAUCGUGAUAUUAAACCUGAUAAUAUUUUAAUUGAUAUUAGAGGUCAUGUUAAAUUAUCUGAUUUUGGUUUAUCAACUGGAUUUCAUAAAACUCAUGAUUCAAAUUAUUAUAAGAAAUUAUUAGAAAAGGAACCUCCAAAUCAAACACCAUUACAACCAAAUCAAUUAAGUAGAAAUUCAAUGAUGAUUGAUGCAAUUCAUCUUACUAUGUCAAAUCGUCAACAAAUGCAAACUUGGAGAAAAUCAAGAAGAUUAAUGGCAUAUUCUACUGUUGGUACUCCUGAUUAUAUUGCUCCAGAAAUCUUUAUUCAUCAAGGGUAUGGACAAGAAUGUGAUUGGUGGUCUUUAGGUGCUAUUAUGUUUGAAUGUCUUAUUGGAUGGCCUCCAUUUUGUAGUGAUUCACCUCAUGAAACUUAUAGAAAGAUUUUAAAUUGGCAAGAAACAUUACAAAUUCCAGAUGAUAUUCAUUUAAGUCCUGAAUCAGAAGAUUUAAUUCGAAAAUUAUUAACAAGUUCUGAAAAUAGAUUAGGACGUUAUGGUGGAGCAGAAGAAAUUAAACAACAUCCAUUCUUUAGAGGAGUUGAUUGGGAAACGAUUAGAAAAGUUGAUGCUCCAUUUAUACCGAAAUUAAGAUCCAUAACUGAUACAAGAUUCUUCCCAACUGAUGAAUUAGAAAAUGUUCCUGAAUCACCUGCCUUAAGCCAAGCUAUUCAACAACGUGAAAUCGAUGCUAUUAAUGGUAAAAAGAAUGUUAAAGAAGAUUUACCAUUUAUAGGAUAUACUUAUUCUAGGUUUGAUUAUUUAACCAGGAAAAAUGCAUUAUAG